AGGAUGUUACUGCGGGCGGCGCGGGCGGCGCGGGGCCUGGCGGGGAGGGGAUGGGAGGAACAGCAGUGCAGAGCCCCCCACCCCAGCACCUUCUGCAGCUAUAGGAAGCGUUCAGACACCCCGAGAAGCAACUGCCAGACUGGAACCCCCCAGGGUGAGGGGGAAACCAUGCGGGGGGCUGAGACCCCCUAUCCACAGCCCCCUGAGCUCCCACCGCCCACCAACUGCUGCAUGAGCGGCUGCCACAACUGCGUCUGGAUCGAGUACGUGGAGCAGCUGCUGCAGCACUAUGGGGAUGGUGGGGAGCGGGCGCUGGCGGCCGUGGAGCAGCAUGUGCAGGAUGAGAGCAUCAAAGCAGUCCUGAAGCUGGAGAUCAGGCUGCGCAUGGGGACGGACUGAGCCCUGUCAGCAGCUCAAAAACUGGUGAGGAACUUCCUGCUGAGCUCCAGGAGUCUCCCCGGGACAAAGGAUUGGGACACGGCGUACCUGUGGGCUUUUGGAUGUUGGUUUGUGAGGUGGGGAAUAAGUUACAGUGUUUGUUUGCAUCAGGCUGGAGGGAUUCAUCAAGCACGUGCACCCCACGUGUAGCCCCAGCAUUGAUGAUGCAGGGGUGGUGUCAGCACUCUGUGCUUCUAUCUGAAAAUCCCUGCUUAUGGCAGGGUCCUUCCCACUGCUCCUGCCUUGUCCUUGCAGCAUAACAGCAGCCUGGUGACGGAAAUGGGCUGUGGUGUCACACUGUCCUCCCCACGCUACACUAAGCCUCUUAGGGGCUUCUCUGUAACCGCUGUCUGUAGGGGUUUCCAGCCCUUUCCCAGUGCUGUAGGAUUUGCUGGGUGCAGCUGGAGCACGUGGGCCCUGCAACGUCCCAUCAAGGGCAGCUCCUCACAGUGCUGCUUCUUCCUCAUUCAUCUCUGCCUUGAAGCUCCUUAAACUUCACCUUGAGGCAUCACCUCACCAAAUCCUGCCCAGCUGAGCACAGCCUCGGCCUGAUGACAUGCAGAACAUCACCCCAUCCAGCCAGUGCACCGAACACCACCAAGAGUGGCUCCUGAGAUGCUAAUGAAGCUCGGUCUAGGAGCAUUAAUUAACAACAGGACGCUGGCCCUUGCUGUAAAAGAGGCCGGUUCUGCCAGCUUCAUAUGAAACACCUCUGGAUCCAUGUAAUCCUAUUUGCUGAAACCUAACUGAUUGCCAUUAGUGAAAGGGGCUGAAGUUCAAUUAAAGUGUGCUGAGAUUAUA